AUGCUUUUUAGGUCAUAACAUUUUUUCGAAAUACUUCACAUGAUUCCUAGAAUUCGCUAAGGAUGGACGAGUUAGAGGCUACCAUUAACUGGGAACUAUUUCGCAAAAAAGGGGAAUUUGAAUCCCUCAAACGUUUUGGAGAUAUCAUGUGUAAAAAGUACAAUUUUCAUGACAACGGCAGAAAAACUUUACUUUCUAAAAAUUUCCUCAAACUACAUGAAUUACCCAGUGGUUGUGUUGAAUACCUCUUGAAUGUAUUCUGUAGAAACUGUGAUUCAUUUGAACUUAGUUCUGGUAAAACCAGUAAAAUUACUGAUGAAACCUUCGAUGGACGAAAAUCGGCAACAUUCGAUAGUCUAUUGUGUAUGCUGAAAUUAUUAUGUCUAUUCGGAAGAAAUGAAGAUAUUCGACAGCUGAUAACUGACGGAGAAACUAUACAUCAAACUGUACCGAAUCUCCUGAGAUUGGCUUGUAAUGCUCAACAACUUGAUAUAAAAUUUUCAGAAUUACUUGAACUGACUAUUGAUCUCAUUGAAGUUAUUUAUGAUCCUCAAUAUAUGUGGAGAAGAUGGAAAACUAGUUAUCGUGAUCAGAAGUAUGAAAGUGUAAAGUUAUUCAACUAUGUUCCAUCAUUGUCAAAAGGAACACUUGACAAUAUCUCCGCCUGUUUAUUCGGUUUAUUGAGGCAGUUCCAUGGCAGGCCAGAAAUUCAAUUCCCUUUAACUGAAGCUUUUUGUUGCAUAACAGUUGGAUGUUUUGGUUUUGUUCAACUAGAUCAUGUACGCAAUAUAACCUCUUUGAUCAAUGGAACGUAUAAAGAAAGUUUAUCUUCGCCUACAAAACAACGUUCACAAGAGAAGAUUGUUAUAAUCCGUUGUAUGAAUGGAGCACCUAAUUCAGAGAUUAAUUUAUCAAAGGAUAUUUCUGCCAACAUAACUAAUUCGACAGUAAAUAAUAAUAAACCUAUGACCACCAGUUCAUUGCCGACAGAUCUCGAAAAUGAUUCAUCAAAUAAGGAUGAAGAAGUCUACGUGACCUCUCCGAUCGUCUAUACAAGCUUUUUAGUUUAUGCGUUGAGUCUUCAAGAGUCAAGUAUGGUAUCUCUGAAAUCAGUCGUGGAUCAAUUUCGUUCUGACAUCAGUGGCAGGAAAUAUUUGUCAAUACUUGAUUACCACUAUCAAACCUUAUUAAUUCACUUAUCAAGUCGUAUUCGAAUAUGCUAUCAAUAUCAACCAGAUACACUCCUGUCCAACUUUCAAUCAACGCUUAUCAAAUAUCCAAAUGAAAAACAUUGUCAAUAUGCAUUAACUUUUCUAGCCACAUUAGAUUUGGAUAAAUCCUUAUUUGAUGCAUUGAAGACAACAGCCAGGGAAGAUACUACACCAACACCUCCACCGUAUUGUAGAAUAAAACUACCAAAACAUUUUUAUAAUCGAUUAACAGACAGUCUAUGCUCUUAUUAUUCUAUUGGUUCAAAAAGGAAUACUGAUAAGUGUUCAAGGAGUCGUAUUUCACCAGUUAUCAUUGGGAAAUAUCUUUUAUCCUGGGAAGUGAAGAAUCAUUUUUGUCAAACACGUAAAAUUUUCGAGAUGUUCCUAAGAAUACUUGAAUGUCUUGGAGAAUUUUCGAUGUCAGCGCCAGAUUUAGCACAUCUGUUAAAAAUGCUUCGUUCAGAAUCAGUCAGAAUAUUUUGUAGUCAAAUAUUGAAGGCUCUUGUAAAAAUUACGCAGAAAAUUCAACUGAAUUUAGGCCCUUUACCAAAUUCUGGGAGUUGGUUUCAAUUCAGUCGACCCCAGGAUUGUCUACUUGUUGUUCCAGUUGGACCAGAAUUAGAAAAUUUAAGAUCUGAACAGAAUAUUAGUGGUACUGUUAAAUGUUCAACAGUAUUUCGUAAUAGUCUGUCAACUGAUUUAAGUCUCCAUUUUUGGUUAUCAAUAGACGACCAGUCAACAGUUGAAGAGACCAUAAAAUCAUCGACUAGUAAAUUUCAACAAAUCAACAAUCAAAAACGAUAUUGUCUAUUUCGUUUAUUAUGUUCAAAUGGUAGUGGAUUAGAAAUAUUUUUUACAAAAUAUGGUUAUUUAGUAAUUGGUGUAGCAACACAAGAAGAUUUCACUUAUGUUGUGACUUGUGGACCAGAUAAAAUACCACCAGGUGUAUGGCAUUCUGUUGCUGUUGUCUUUUGUCAUUCUCGACGUCUGCUGGUUACACGAAGUAUACUCAAAGUUCUUGUUGACGGUAAUGUAUGCUAUUCUGGAGAUUUUCCACAUCCUCGACUUAGUGAGAAUAUCUCUAUCCUACACAUCGGUGGUUGUCCAAAUUGGAUCGAUCAAGUUGUCUACUCGAAGUUAUUAUUUGAUCUAGCCUCAAAAGCUGGUCGUCGUAAAUCAGUAAUAUCCAAUUUGAAAAGUGUCGGUAAAUCUAAUUAUGCGUCUAGAGAAGCUGUCUCCGUAUCAGCGACAACAUCAACUCUAUCGAGAAAAUUUACUCCCUCUUCUUCUUUUUCUUCUGCUUCGUCUGGAUUAAGUGUCCUUUUCUCAGAGAAAGUUGAAAUCGGUACUCCACGUAAAGUGGAUUUAGGCAGUGAACGUAUCUUAUGGGGGAUAAUGAAUUCAUUUCAAGGGAGGAUUAUUUCUUGUGCAAUGUUUAAUGAAGCUUUAUCAGAUACUACUUGGCAAAUGGUUACAUCGCUUGGACCUUGUAAUCUUACCUAUCUGUUGGACAAUGAAGGUUAUAACCUGGGCACAACAGGUUCAAGUACACCAAAUCUGACUGGUAGUUAUGCUUCAAUCAAUCCAUAUGAUGAGAAUUCAUUGAAUUCCAGUGCUUUUAAUUCAACUAAAAUAGCAUUUUAUUAUCAUGCUAAGUCGGUUAAUUAUUCACAUUCAAUAUGUCCAGAGUUGGCAAGUGAAAAUUUAGGCUUACCAACAUCUUUUGAAUGUAAUGAAAAGUUAUUUAAUAGAGAUAUUAACAAUUCUAUGCUUAUUGAUGAAGCUUUAUAUGAAGAUUAUGUCUGGUUGCAGCAUAUUCAGCAUAAAUAUACAAAUUUUGGCGGUCUACCUGCUACAUUAUUAGGUCCUGAACGACUGGAAUCAGUUUUGAUAAAUGAUUCAAUCAAUCGUAUCGGUGGUAUGGGUGUACUAUUGCCAAUACUUAAAUUACUUCGAUAUUUUCCAACCAAUAGUUAUGUAAGCGCAGACAAAUUAAGCUCUAUUGAAAUGAGUUUGUUAUCAGAUGAUUUCAGUAUAACUGAUCUUCUCAUUUCUGCACAUCAUCGAUAUAUCAACGAUUUAGAUCUGAUAUGUAAUGAGACAACGACGACAACAGCGACACAAAUCCCGGCAACAACUAUGAGUAAUACGACUAUGACUUCUACUGUCCUCAACUCUUCUCCUUCGACUGGGAAUAAAAUUGACAAUGUUAUGCAGUAUAAUGAUCCAAUACCACCAGUAACUCCUGGUAUUCGAUCUCGACUGAAUUCUUUACUACCUCUCAGCUGUGGUGGUACGAAUGAUAGACGGGAUUCUUCUGGUGUUGUGUUUACUACUUCUUCAUUGAAUGACAGUAGUGUGGCGAAUGUAAUUCUAAUUCUAAGAAAUUUGAUUCUAUCGAAACCUGAAAAUGGAGUACAAGUUCUACGUGCUGAUUUAAUGUUACCACUUGUACAUCUUUUAGCGAAACUUCAUCCAUUACGCUUUGAUUCCCAUGUGGUAUCAGCAAUCCAUGAUCUAUUUCGUGUACUUGUCCACUUGCCAAGAAAUAAACAAACCACAUCGAAUGUAAAUGCCUUACAGAAUUGGUUCAGUAGUCAAUCGAAUCAAACUCCACCUGAGGAAGUCCUGUUUCUUGUUUGUCAUUUAAUUUUAGGCUGGGAUUUAUGGUCUAAACCAAAUUUAGUUGCUAUUCUGUUACAUUUGCAAAAAUUGAAUCGAUUGGUUCAUUCUUAUAGCAGUCUUCUUAAAGGAAUAUCAGUUGAUUUGUUGUUAGAGACACUUGUGAAAUAUCAUCGAGUUUUGGGUUCAUGUUUAAACUUCCUGCAAACAAGUCCACCAUUAUUAUCACCACAACCACAAUCACAAACAGGAGAUAAUAAUAAUAAUAAUAAUAGUAAUAUUGAUUGUCUAAGCCUUCCUGUUCCACCCAUAACGAAUACAAUCGAUGAUGUUGACGCGUAUGAAUUACAUGUGAUAGCAGAAAUACGGAAAAAUAUUUGCAAAUUGAUAGAAGCAAAAAUUAUACCAAAUACACAAAUUAAAGAUUUAAUUACAUUGAUUAAUUUUGCAACAACUUGUCCAACAAUGGUACUGGUGAGAAAUGUUAUCAAUCUAUUGGGGAAUUGUUUUGAUCUUUCAAAUACUGGUGAUCAAAUGACACUGUUAAUUUAUGAAACAGAUUUAGUUGUACAUUUGUACAGCUUACUUAUAAAAUCUGAUGAUCAAGUGGAUCUUGAGACUAAAAAAUUUGUAUUAAAGUUUAUUCACAAAUUAGCCUUAUCUGAUCGAGUUGGAGAGAAGUACAAGUCACAGUUAUUCCUUAAAGACUGGGGUGGAUUUAGCUCAUUAUUUACGAAUGAUCAAAAUAUGAUCAUAUUUCUACAAGAUUAUGAAGUUGUUAAACUCUUUCUGGAUUUAUUAAAACAUGGUCCUUCAUAUGAUGUCAUGGGAUUAUUACGUCUUUGGGAGCGGUUAUAUAAUAGUCCGAUACACUUUCGUUUAUCCGCUGUCAAUGCCUUAAUACACAUUUUCAAUAAAUCACCUAAAUAUGUAAUAGAAAUUUUAAAUCAUGUACCAUCAUUCCCUGAUUCAUUCUUUCAAUUAAUUAUUAAAUGUCCAAGAGAGAGUUUGAAUCGUCGUGAUCGAGUUUCAGCAUCUCGUUUUGGAUUGUCAAAGAUUCGUUUUCCUACAAGAGUUUUAAACAGAAUAAACUCAAAGGCUACUGAUAUAUCGAAUGAUUCAGGUCGUGGUGUUUCAACGUCAUCAUCUUCGCUUUCACAAAUUCAUUCAUCUCGAUUACCGUCUCUAACGAACAGUGACACUGACUCUGUAUUUAGUAAUUCAAUAUGUGCUUGUUAUCCAGGAGAAGCACAUGUCUGUAAUGAAUUGAGGGAUUCAAUCGAUGCCAAGAUUCCCACGAUCGUGCCAUAUCCUAGAGAAAAAUCAAACUCCAUUAAUUUACCAGAUCGUUUAUUAAUGUAUCGAAAUCCAGCCUCACUGUCAGGACAUUCUGAUGUCAAUUAUCCUUCAACGCAUCAAUGGAUAGAUCAUUAUGUAGGGAAUCAACACCACCGAAACACUCAUACUACUCAUAGAAACAAUAAAAGUAGUAUUAGUAGUAGUGGAAGUAAUUCUGAACAUGUAUUUAUUGAAAAUAGUGAAAUUUUAGAAAAUAAAUUAUGUGAAGCAAUUAUCACGUGUUUACAUGAAAUUUUAUGGUCAUCUAGUCAAUUGGAACGUUGGCAUUUGAGUACAACAAUUACGAAUGAUGAUCCAUGGUUGGGUUACUAUAGAACUCUAGUAUCACUUAUGGAGAUAACUGCUCAAAAUACCCUAUUGAAACCUGCAUUCUGGAUUGUUCAACGUCUUUUUGAAUCGAUCAUUGAUUCCUUACAACAAGCAUUAAACAAUUUUAGUCAAGAUAUUUCAUUUCCAGGAUUGGUGGAUAAAGAACGUGUGAAACGGCUGAUCUACUUGUUUAUGACAUUUUUGGUCGAUAUCAGCUGCAAUCAUAUAAAUUUAAUUGAUGAUGAAUACAGAGUAGAGUUAAUGGAAUCAGUAUUAAAUUUACUACAAGAAUCUCUACUUAUCUGGGAGGUGAAUUCAUCUCAAUGGAAAGAAGUACAAGCUUUGGCAUUACACUUAAUUCUAAUGUGGAUUACUGAUACAAGCUGUCCAAAUUCACGUCUCUUUGUUCGUUCAUUAGCAAGACUGCAUUAUAUUAUAUGUCAAUUUGAAACAAAAUCAUGUUUUGAAGAAAUUGCAUUUCUUGUCUAUCGAUUGGAUAAAGUAAUUGAAAUGUGGUCACGUCUUGAAGAUUUUCACACAUUUGUCAAUAUGCGUAAACUACAAGAAAAAGAAGAAGAAGCAGACGAAGCAGAAGAACAAGAAGAACAAGAAGGAGAGGUAGCGUGUAUUGCCGAAUAUCCUGGACAUGAAAGAAAAUCAACCAAAAAGUUCAGUAGUGUAUCACCUGAAUUCAUUGAAAAUUUCUUUUACUCUCAAUCUGCUGAAAUGAAAACCACUGCAUCAACUGGGAAUUUAGGCAUGCUAGCAGGUCAUAAUGAUACUGAAUCACAAGAAUUAUUUAUCCACAUAACACCUAUUAUCUUUAAGCUUUUUAGAGAUCAUAGUAAACUUUUGGAAAUGGAAAAGUUAACACCUAAUUUACCAAAAAUGACAGCUGAUUUCUUAGAGAAUUUUAAAGUUUACAGAGCUAUACCUGAUGGUGAAUGGCAAUGUUUUCUGAAGAAUCGUCUUCAACCAAUGGUUGAAUCGUAUACUGCACAUUUUAUAGUCGGUGCUGCAUCAAGCCAGAGUAUGUGUCGUGCAGAGGCAAGUGAAGAAAUCGCUAGAUCUCGUCAUGAUCAAAAACGGUAUUUAGAAGUUAUGAUCAACAAACUGCACGGAUAUCUUUUACCAGACGCAUGCAAUAAAGAUAUAGACAUCAAAAUUGAAUUGAAAAGAACACCUUCAUUCCCCAGACUUCCGACAUCUCCACGAACAAAACGUAAAGCAUCAGUACUAAGUCAAAUUGACAUUAAAUCUGAAAUGCUUCAUUCAUCUGCUUUAAUGAGUAGACAGUUGAAAGAACAUCGUGAAGAGGAUAAUAAAUUAAUUGAAUUACAAAAGCGUAAUCAACAAAUCACCUACUGGCAUGCUUUAGCUUAUAGACUGAUGCAAAUUUCUUCUGAUGCACCAUGGUUUACAAAUUAUGCAAAAAUAGAUCACUGGAGAUUAUGUGAACUCGAAACAGCUUGUCGUAUGCGACCAAAACUCGAGCCAAAUUUACAUUUCGAUGCACAUAUGGAAGCGAGUGCUGAAAGAGAUGGUCUAAGCCUAGCCCGAGUAUUACAAUCCAGACUACGUCCUAUAUCAUUGGGGGUGAAUUAUCAAAAGCCAACCAGUACACUUGAUAUACCAAAUCGACAUUCUUUAUCGAUAAUGGAAACAUCUUCUUCACCUGCUGCUUUAACAUCACAACUUACAGUGGAUUAUAGAAGUGGUAUUAUUGAAGAUCAGAGUAGUAUUCGUUUGAUGAAACGUUUUAUUAAACGUCCACCUUUUUCAAAUCAAUCUUCUACUGAAGAAUAUGAUGAACAAGAAGAAUCUACUGUUCAGUAUGAUGAAAUGCAAAAAGACGCAUCGCCAGUAUCUUUCCUGGAUGAAAGUAGACGGGGGACAUUAAUACCAGAUUUAUCUUUAAAAACUCCGACUCUUGACGUGACCAAUUUUGACAGAUUCUCACAAAGAAGAGGUUCCAAUAAUUCUGACGAAUUCAAACAAGCAACACCUGACAUUAGUACCACCAUUGAUAAUGAUAAUACUGACAAGUCUAAAUUAUCAAAGAAUACUGUACCAGUGGCUAAGACUAAAGCCAAUGAAAAUAAUCCCACAUCGAAUUCAACAUCACAAACAUCCAGCGAGGCGCAGAAACAAUCUCCACAAACACAAAAAGGCAAAGGUAUCCUGUUAAGUGUUAAUGCUCAACUAGUUACAGCCAUCAAAGUUAUCGAAGGGAUAUUAACUUUAUCACAAAAUCGGCUAAUAUUUGAAGCAUCAGUGGAUAGUUUAAUGUUAUCACUUGAUAGAAGUGAUACUACUACUAAUAACAAAAAUAGUAAUAACAAUAAUAAUAAUAAUACUAAAAGUAGUAGUAAUUAUCUUGAACCGAUUAGUACUCAUUUGUUUAUUCCAUCUGGAUAUAAAAUUGUUCAUCGAAAAGUCAAUGAGAAUGAGACGAAAUCACUUAAUUCCACCGACGUCUUCUGUAUUCGUUACACAUGGUCCCUGUCAAAAAUACGUGAAAUACAUUUACGUCGAUAUAAUCUGCGUCGUUCAGCUAUUGAGAUAUUUCUCGAGAAUAAUUCUAAUUACUUUUUCAAUUUUGAAACUAAGACUCGAAAUAAAUUCUAUUCGGUUAUUAUGAGUCUGCGAUUACCUCGAUUAAUUUACAAUGAAGGUCGCAAUCCUAGAGAAAUGUUGAAGUUAUCUGGACUCACAGAGCGUUGGGUUAAUAGAGAAAUAUCAAAUUUUGAAUAUCUUAUGCGUUUGAAUACAAUAGCUGGACGAACAUUUAAUGAUCUUGGUCAAUAUCCUGUGUUCCCUUGGAUUCUGGCUGAUUACACAUCAUCUGAGAUCGAUCUAACGUCUGAAAAAGCAUUUCGUGUUCUCUCACGUCCAAUAGGAUUGGCAAAUCCUAAAUUCACCGAUAUAGUUAGAGACAAAUAUAAUUCUUUUGAGGAUCCAAGUGGAAUAAUGCAGAGAUUUCAUCAUGGAACCCAUUACUCCAGUGCUGCUGGUGUACUUCAUUAUCUUGUUCGUCUGGAACCAUUUACAACCUAUCAUAUUCAUUUACAUGGAAAUAAAUUCGAUGUUGCCGAUCGUCAAUUCUAUUCCAUUCCAAAUGCUUGGCGCUUUAUUCUAGACAAUCCAUGUGAUAAUAAAGAAUUGAUACCAGAGUUUUUCUUUUUACCAGAAUUCUUGAAAAAUAAUGAUGAUUUUGAUUUGGGCUGUCUUCAACAAAAUCAUACACGUAUCAAUGAUGUUGAACUACCGGCUUGGGCAUCUACACCAGAAGAAUUUAUACGUAAACAUCGUGGUGCACUAGAAUCUGACUACGUUUCUGCACAUUUAAACGAAUGGAUUGAUUUAAUCUUUGGUUAUAAACAACGUGGUCAGUAUGCCGUUGAAGCCUUGAAUGUCUUCAAUUUUGUCACAUAUGAAGGUGCUAUUGACUUGGAUAAAAUUGACAAUGCAUUUGAACGUCAAGCUAUGGAAAGUAUGAUACAGAAUUUUGGACAAAUACCAACUCAACUACUCAAAGAACCACAUCCUCGACGUUUAACACAUUCAGAAUGGUUGUCAACAUUAGUCAAUCAACGCAGACUACCAGUAAUCAAUUUGCUAGCCAAUAAUGAAUCAAAACUGACUGACCCAACAUUACAACAAAACACUGAAUCCAUUCAACCAAGAUGUGCUCAAGAAUCCACGCCCACACCAAAAUCUUCAAGAACACCCUCCUUCUUUCAACGUAUCCUACCUGAUAACACUGGGAACGAAUAUGUCAAUUCAAUACUUUCAACGCAUACCUCCGUUGAACAGAAGGAAUUAAUACCGAAGUAUAAUAGCUCAUUGAAACGUUUAGUUCAAAAGAAAUGGAUGAUUGUUAAAUCUCCUCCAGUUGACAAUUUAGCUCUAUCUAUUCGUCUCUUGAAGUCUCAGCAGAGAAAUACAACUGUACGAUUAAAUUCAAUUUAUUUAGCUGUUGUCCCUGGAUUCUGUCGACCGCCAAAAGCAGAUUCAAGCGUUUUCACCUUUUCUGAGACAGAUAUCAACCGAGAAGCCGGUCGGACUUCACUAAGUAUUAGCAGCAGCAAUAAUAAUAAUAAUCAAAAUAAUACUAGUAGUAGUGGUAGUACUGGUUUCAUAAAGACUCGAUUAUUCUCAACUGGGAAUUAUCUGCCAACAAUGGCAUCCAUAGCAACAGGUGGAUUAAAUACUGACUCGGUUAAUCAGAUGUCGACCCAGCCGAAUUUAUCAGCUCCAUUUAAAAGUUCAAAUCAGUUAAAUCUGGCCAAAACUGGAUGGGAACGUUUAGCAUCAGCUGUUUUUGUGCUGAACAACAGAGGUGUUGUUAAUCGAUAUUUUUGGAUACCAUCUGAUGAUCAAGUGCUCAUGUCAGAUGAAAAAGGUGAUAUUGAACCUAUGGAUCCGUAUAGUUUACUGUAUGAUUCUAAUAAUCAGCAACACUAUGGUUCCAUCGGGCCGUUAGAUCAAUCAUGGAUCCAAUUUAUUUCAAAUACAAAAUAUAAAAGACUUGAUAACAUGUUCAGUUUAAAUCCGAAUAAAACCAAAAGCACCUCUGCGUUUUCAUCGUUAACAAAUCAUAUUGUUGGUGCACAAUUAUUCGCUUUAAGUCUUGAUGACAGAUGGUUAUUUGCUGGUGGUCGAUGGGAUGGACGUCUAACCAUUUACAAUAUGCAUUCAUCACAAGUUGAAGCAAUCUUGACAAGUCCACAUUCGGAUACAAUCAGUUGUGUGGCUAUUGAUUCCGUCUAUAGUUCAAUUGAUCGUUGUCCCUUCACAAAUCGUGGUGGUUAUGAAAAAAUGGAUAAAUCGUCAACAAGUAGUAAAACGGUCACGUCAACAAGAACACGAUAUAUCAUCACGGGUAGUCGUGAUGGAACAUGUGCUGUCUGGGAUUUUGAUAUGCUUGAUGGUGAGGAAGACGAUGAGGUGAAUGAUACUAUGACAGAUGAAGCACCAUUCUCUAAUAUUAGUGUGAAUGAAUCCCAGUUGUCUGCACAUAGUCGAAGAACAUCACAGAAGAAGACAAGUGUAUUCUUUGGUAGUCAAGAUUCCCUGUUACCUAACACUUCUGGUACUAGUAUCAGUACUACUACAACUGCUACAACAACAAAACCUUUGAGUACUGAUCAGCAUAUGACACAACGUAAAAGCAUAUCUACUGAAAAUAUUUUCCAAGAUGACUUUGGUAGUGAAUUAAUGUCACCGAAUAUAUCAACAUCAAGCAAUAAAGUAUGCCUACCACAAACCGGUUGUAUUUUACAAUAUAAAAGUGCUGGCAUCGCUUUCUAUCCUCCUGGAUCGCCAACUUCAACACAUGGUAAACCAAAGGUAUUAGCUAAAAUUAUUCGAUUUUUCCAUGGAAAUGGUUGUGGGAAUCCAGUUACUUGUGUUGCCUUGAAUAUCUCACUAGAUACUGCAUUAAUGGCAACAGAUCAUUGUAGAGAAGUGUAUCUAUUCAGUGCAAAAUUAUCCACGUGGUCACGUGUUCUAAUGUUAGAUGAUAUUUUAAUUGAACUGGACAAUUUACACAUACCGAUCUACUCAUAUCCUAAGUCGGAUAUAUUCACGUGUUCAAAUUCUUAUUCUGUACAUCAUUUGUUGAUAGCUCCAAGAUUGGGUUUAAUUUAUGUCCAAUGGAAUUAUACACCUGAAUCUCAUGUACAUCACUUCUCAUCGACGGUUACUGAGCAUGAGAUUGGACCACACUUAAGUUUAUUCAAUCCAACAGGUGAAAAGUUAUCGGAUAUUGCUCCGCUAACCUAUUCUGAUGACUACUCCCAGUUGAGUUUAGAUGAACGUAGACGCACGGUGGUUACACGACUAUCGCUUACUUCAACACCUAUAUCAACACGGAGCAGUUGUGUGAAUCGUAAACAACAAUCUGAUGUCAAUGAGAACACUCCUGAUGAAUGCAUCAUCUCUCAGCAUAUUUUAAUGUCAUUCAGUACAGGACAUUUUAUUAUCAUGCUGGCAGAAACCCUAACACCUAUACGAUGUAUCAAUCUAGAUAAAGGCAUUACUGAUAUGUCAUUAGUAUCGAAUCUUACAGGAAGUAGACGUCUCGUGGAAGGCUUUCAUAUUAUGCUGUCGCUUGUUAACAGUAAUCUAGUUGUCUUUCAAUCAGUUCAAAGGAAUAAAAAGUUACGCUGAUGUCUUCAAUUUGUGAAUACAUGUUUCGACUUCUAUCUGUGAUAGUCUAUAUACUUAUUUACUGGUUGAAAAAAAACCUUUCUAUUACUCUCUUCUCAUGUCUUUCUCAUCUCUGUAAGUAUUCUUGUAAAUUUGUUUAUUGUGUAAGCAUACUCAAACAGCUUACCUCAGAGUUAAUUUAAAACGCAUAAUUCUGUGUACAUACAAAUAUAUACAUACAUUGUCUUUCGUAUAUUUUACAAUCCCAUUGGUAUAUCCAUCCUUAAAUUUGAACAAUUUCAAUCUCAUCAUUGUAAUUCAUCACGUUACUUCAUAAGGUUUCAUAAGCCUCCCCCCACCACACACACACACACCCCUCCAACUACCCAAUAUUUCUUCACAUCAGCCUCAAAAGAGUAUUUCCGGUUCCUAAGUUUAAUUUCUAUAUAUAUUUUUAAAGAUUUUGGUUGGUUUUAUAUGAGGCUAUAUUGAGUCGUUUCUCUAGCUAUUUUUAAUUUUUUUUUUAAUUACUGCGUGUUUAUAAGGCACUGCCACUUUUCUGCUUCUUCAAAUAACCUUAUUUUGUCACUGUGAUAAUCUGAAAGUGCUCUAUGUAUCUCUUUCGGUCUCCUCUGUUUUGUUAUUAUGUUUUCAUAAUAUUUUGUGAUAAAUAAGUCAUAUUUUUGCGUAAUACAACAUAGAAAUGAAGACGAUGAUGAACUGGUUGAACUAAUCUUCCAUAUUGUCAGUUUAUUUUAUCAGUCAUAUUAAAUAUAUGCUGGUUUGUAUCGAACUGUGUG